UACUCUAGAGCCUCAUGAACCCUUACACCCAACAAAAAUAAACCAUACCAUGAUGAACCCUUACAUCCAACAAUAACAAGACCACUAGUGAUGGGAGGGGUGAUAGAGUGGUAGAGAUGGCAAGUUAUAACACCUCCAUCACUCCCUGGAGAUACCAACCAUCACACUUAUCAUCUCAUGAUCACUGUCAACCACGUAAAGUGCUGAGAUUAGCAGCUGUGCCAUAUUUAUUCACUUGUUCCCAAUCUGAUGCUGAGGCCACAGAACUAGACGAUUGUACUGGAGUAGGGGACACUGCUCAUGGUGAACUGGCUUCUUAUUGUGAAAGUACAGCAAUUAUAUCUGAACUUAAUAAAUCUAAUAAUUUGGAGAAGGAAAGAUCAAAAGAUGUAUCAAAAAGGAGAAUAAACUAUAAAAAUGAAGCCAUAAUAGGAAUGCUAAAACAAGAUUGGGAGGCCUCAGGAGGGGUUCUGCAACAAGAUGAAGUCUUCACAUCUGAAGAUACAGAGAAUGACGAGCUUCCCAAUACCAAAACUAAAAGAAAAGCUACUGUACAGGAUAAGUUGAUGGAUGGGACACAGUAUAUGGCCAAAGCCUUGGCAAAUUCCCAGGACCAGGAAGAACCUUUCACUGUCAAAUGGCAUACCAAAACAAGAGUCACGAGAGGUAAUAUCAGAAAGCAAGACGAUCUACUCAUAGCAGGAGCUGCUAGUAGCAAGCAGAGAAGUCAGGUAUCCACUGACACUGAAGAAAUCAACAAGCAAUCACCUCAUUCCCAAAAAUGUGAUGAUGCUUCUGAUGAUGAAAAUGAUUUGGACAACAAUAUGAACAGUGAUUCCGAAGGCCUCAAUGAUCCUGACUCACUAGGGGAAGAAUCGUCAAGCGAGGGAACCUUCAACAGAAUUCCAAUAGAGAAAUCGGGAACGUCCUCAGAAGGCACAGACAUGUCUAUGAAAAACAAUACCAAAUGGGUACCUGAGGAAAUAAUAAAUUUUAUCAGCAGAUCCGAGCGGUUAAGAAUAGCACACACGUCUGCUGGCUUGUUAAUAGUCGUAAACCCAGCAUUUUAUGUUGAUGAAGAGAAGCGAGACUUAGAUUUUUAUGGAAGUCUGAUAAUGAGGCCAGUGUUUGUCAUCAUUGAUGAAUCAAGUGUAAAUAUCAUUGUUCUUGGCAAAGUGUUUGAAGAAGCAGACAUCAGUGAUACAACUACAUCAAUAGAUAUAUUAAAGAAAGUUGAAAAUAAAUUUAUUCAGAAUCAGUACAUAUAUUGUCCAGGAGUGAGUGAAACAUAUGUCAAAGCCUGCAGAGCUGUUGGUAUUAAAGUGCCCGUCAAGGCCUUCGAUAAAAACUCGUUUGGGGGCAAAACAUCGUACCAUGACAAACUUUGUGAAAAAUUUUAUAGAAAGAGUAAUUCUGUUUCAAUGAGCAGGGUCCAUGGUUUUGCCUAUACUUGCAGAUGCUGUAACCACAAAAUUUACUAUUACCGUGCUCGUUACAGAAAGAAGAAUUUGAGAUUAUUCAGUGUAAAUGUUCAUAAAUCUCUACCAUCUUCCACCAUGCAUAAGGUAGUCUUUGCCAAAUAUUCUCACGAUAUUUUAACCUAUGGACGGAGAAGAAAUAACUACACGUAUUAUAUUUUAAGGGAUGUUGAUGUAAUUAAGCUGUCUGAAAAUAUGAAAGAAAGAUCCUUUACUCUUAACAGUAAGCAAAAUAAAGAUUUUGUGGAGGUGCUAAUGGCCUUGAAAAAUGAUAGUGCCAUCCAUGAAAUCUUCAAGGAGGACGACCAGGAGGCUAGUAACGCCAGGAAGCGUGCUGCACGGAUGGUGUGGGAUGGAGAGGUGAAGAAGGCUUCUUGCUUGUACAAACAGUUGCCUCAUAGCAGUGGCAAGGAAGAAGACUGCUCAUAUCUUCUCAGUGACUCUACUUCUGCGACUGCUAAAGAGACGUGUCUUCAGUACGAAAACGAAGCUAUCAAUUGCUGGAGUAUGGUUACUUUUAGGAUUGCCUUGGCACUCUACCAACGCAGCACCGAAUCCUAUGAAUCACUGGAGUCAUUCAGAAUUCUAGAGCUGCCUUCACUUUUUCCGAUAAAUGACUAUGACCUUGAAAUAGAAAACAAACCAGUAUUACACUUGGAAUAUAUUGCCAAGCAAGCUAAGCAGUAUUAUGAAAUAUCUGAUGAACAUGAAGCAAGUGGGAGACUGCCAUGCCUUGGAGAAGGUGUGAUAAUCAUCGAUCAAAUGAAAGUGAUUUCCAAGGUUGUUUGGUAUGGGAUACAAGAGUCUCUGGUUGGUCAUGACCUGAGUGAGGAGGAGCUGUUGAAUCUUACUGAUAUAUUCACUAAGCCAGCAGAAGUCAUAACACCACGACCUGAUGAGUGUGUACUUCAGACAGUAUGGCGCGACGUAUGCUACAACCAUGACAUCAUUGGUCCUUAUUUUCAUUUAUCUAGAAAUUUAAAGGGACAGCAGCUAGCCAAUCAUCUUCUAUGGACAAUCAAGAGUUUUGACGAUUUCCGGCUGAAAACGAUAGGCAUCGUGUGCGACACUGCCGCCGUAAAUGGAGCGUGUCUGAGGAGUAGUCUGGGUGAGCGAGUCAUGAGUGCUGAUACUGAUGACAAUUAUCAACUUCAUCCCACUUUUCUCAAUCCAUUUGACCCUUCAUUGCAAAUAUCAUGGAUUAUUUGCCCAAACCAUAUGCUGAUCAACAUGAUGAAUGCCCUUCAUUCUUCACAACCUGAUGGAACAAAAGACUUUAAGUAUGGUGGCAUCUCCUUUGGAUGGAAACCCCUAGAGUUGCUUCUCGAGAAUGACAUUGGGCGAAUGGAAAAAAAUGAAUCUAGAAUUGCUCCACUCCUUCGCAAGAGUUACAUUGAGCGGCGCCAUGCAGUCAAGUUUAAAUAUGCCUUACUUCCAUCAAGAAUAUUACAGAAACCUGAGGUUGUGGAUGCUCUAGAAAAAGAAAUUAAGCAAAUAACAAACGAAAAGUCAAAGAUGGUUAUGCAGAAAACAUGGGAGUUUUUAAAUGCAACCAGCAAAAUUUUUGAGAAGGGCUUGUUAAGUAAUGUGGGAGUUACGUCUGAACGACAAGAAGCAAUUACCAACACCAUGGAGGGUUACCAGUGGUUUUGUGAUUGGCUGAAUGACAUGAAUGCAACAGCGGCUUUGCACCUCAAGGAUCCUCGACAGAAAGAGUUCCUGUCUUGGCAAACUUGGGAAGGCCUUCGCUUAUCGUUAUAUGGAUUCAGAAGCUUGUGCAAGAACUUCCACAGCAGGCACCCCGACAGAGCCAUUGUGCCCCUUAGGGUUAACGGCAGCGCUGUCGAGAGAGUUUUUUCGCAAGUGAAGAAUUACUGUGGGACAGGGAAGCGCAAGUUGAAAGUAUCAGCGCUGAAUUACACUAUCGGGUUAACAACCGUCAAAUUUAACAGUCAGUUAAGACAAAAGCAGAAAAGAGACGAGCAGGCAAAAACAUUUUCCAAGAAAGUUAAGAUGUCAUGACCUACUGUUAGACUCCACCGAGAUGACACUAUACAGUAUACACAAAAACUGUAAUGUAUAGUACAGUGGCAUAUUUCAGUAAAAUGAUGCUUCAUUUAUUCUGCAAGUAUAAUUGUGACCAAUAAAAUUCUUUAAGUUUUUUUUUUUUUUGACACCGGCCAUCUCCCACUAAGGCAGGAUGACCUGAAAAGGAAGACACGAAAGUUUUUCUUUUUUAUAUUUAGUAAUUUACACAGGAGAAGGGGUUACUAGCCCCUUGCUUCCAGCAUUUUAGUCACCUCUUACGACACAUGUGGCUUACGGAGGAAGGAUUCUGCAGUAAGUUUAGUCACUCAGAAUUUCAUUAGUAAAAAAUUGACAUUUACUAAAUAAUGUUAAUAAUUUUUAGAUGUAACUUGUUUAUAAAAAUUAUGAUUAAUAGUUGAGUGUCCUCUGAGAGAUGAUGUAAAAAUGAAAGACUUGACGACUAUCUCGUAUCUCUGUUAGACACAAAUUACAUACUACCAGAGUUGCAAGGUUUUUUAAUGGUAAGUGUCUAGAAAGUUUUGCAAACAGUUUAUCUUGAUAUUAUGUUAUAUGAAGUUACCAACUUGUGAUUGCAAAAUGAAGAAAAGUUUAUUGUUUUUUUUUUUUUGCAGCAUGUCAUUACCAGAGUCCCUACAAAUGCAUGUAGUAUGCACUUGUAACAGAAAAUGUGACUUAUGUUUAUGGUAAAGUUUUGAUAAUUUUUUUACAUUUUUUGACUAAAUGCAAAAGAUGUUCCUUAAGAAAAGUGUAGAGCUAUAGGUAACUAUUGGUGGUUAAUGUCAUCACACUGCUUGUGGUAUUGUGCCCACCUCACCGUCUAGCCUAACACAAACAUCGUGGUUGAAAGGGAAAAGCUCUAUGCAUGUAAGUCAAGGCCUAAUAAUAAAAUGAGUGGAAGUCAAAAAAGGUGGAAACAAUGCAAAUAAAGCCAAAUAUAUUUUAUACAGAGUACUACUGGAUAAUUGGAACAUACACAGCUACACCAAUUUUGACAUUAUAACUGCAGUUACAGUAUUACUGCA